AUGGCAGAAGACCCUAAUCAGCUGAAAAACGUGUUGAACGAGCGAGCGGUAGAGCUGUAUAACCUGUGCGACCAAGACGGAAAGGGCUAUAUCACGAAGAAUGAACUACAGAGCGUUAUCGCGGAACUAGGCCUUCCUCUAGAUGCUACACAAGUUAAGCAGACUUUCAAUGAACUUGAUGAAGAUCAGAACGGCUACUUGACUUUAGAGGAGUUCACCGCAGGCUUUGGGUUAUUUCUGGGUAUUCGCUCAGACGAUGAAGGUAAUACCGAACUUGAGGAAAUCUCGUCAAUCAGCGACCCCGGUCGGGAGUUGUUUUACUUGUGUGACCCAGAAGGGAAGGGCUACAUCACGAAAGUCGACUUGGAACGGGUCGCCGAGGAUCUAAACUUGAAUUUCGAACAGCUCGAUUUUAUUUUCGAUAAGCUUGAUAUUGAUAAAAAUGGACGACUAACCAUGGACGAAUUUGUCGAAGGAUUUGGGACGUUUCUGAGUGGAGAUGGUAAAGGUUCUACAGGACUCGACUCUGCGAAACAAAACCACGAUUUCAGCGAAGAAAAUUUUACGAAGAGCACAUUACAAACGGGACACGAUAUUUUCGAAAGUUUAGAGACUGGUCUCGCAUCGCCGACGCAUCCUUCAGAAGAAGCACUCUUUCGGGAAAUAGUGGAAAGUGUCGGAGAAGAUAUAUUCACGGGGUAAAGUCGCUAUAAUUUGUUAAUACGAUAGAUUGCCCUUUUUUAUUAGUCACAUUGGUUCAACUUUGAUUUAAUACGGUGUUUUGUUUGAACUUGCGCAUAUCAAAUUUGGCGCCUAGAAGAGCUUACAAUAACAACUAAAGCUAUUAUUAUUGUGAUUACACGCACUCUGAAAUUUGUUUUAAGAAGAGCUUGAUAGUAGGAAUUGGGAAAUUGGUUUCCUCAAGAAUAAUCACGGGCAACUAUGUUAAGUGGGGUUAUCGUGUUCUACCAAAUCCCCCCGGGUGAUGAAAUGAAAUGUUUGUUUACAUCUGUAUUUUCCCGCAAAAAAUUCGACGAUAUUUUGAUUGUAUUUCGAAUGGUUGAUCGUAAGUGUGAUAUCGUGUUACAUUAUGUUAUCAUCUGUUGCUUUUAUUACGCUUAAAGGCAUUAAGGAUACUUAAAAAAUCAUCGUUAACAAAAAGCGGAAAAAUCUUUGUUAUAAUUAUUCAAGUCGGCAUUGUAAACAUUUAUUGUUGAGUCAGCGUCACAUCACAUCAAACAAACUAGAUGUAAUUUUGUCCGAAAAGAGGGCACUAUCUUUGAUCCACGUGUUUUAACACUACAGGAAAAGGGUAAAAUUAAAGCAGUUUUUGUUUCAAAUGAGAACUUUCUUCCUGUUGUGUAGAAAAACGGCAAUUUUACUCUUCAUACUUUCGAGCGGUAGCCAUAUAAUAUUUUCCUGUUUGAUUAGUGCAUUUCUUACUGUCGGUGUAAAAAUUGCAAAAAAACAUUAGACACCUAAGUAUUAAUAAACAAUCUGCUGCACCUGUUAAGACUAAAUCAUAUCAUCCUGAUUUCAAUUUUUAUUCCCACAGAGUAAUAAUUUGACAUGAUAUUUAAAAUCUAAUCAUCAAGAUCUCUAUCUCCGAUUACCGUAUGUAAAUGUAAUCGCUUAUAAUAUUCCCUUUAAAGAUCGAUCGCAUUUCAGAAAAUUAAAAACAUUACCGGUCAUUCCCUUGUCUAGAUCUUUGUCUAAAGACCAGCUGCGUGAGUUGUGGGAGGCCCUUAGGAAAAACGAUGUUCACGGAUUGCAAAAAUUCGAGGAGUUUCUGACGAAAGUUUCCGGAGAGUUAAGACGGGCGAAAAUGGAUUCUGAACAACUGGAAUCUGCUCUGAAAAGGUAUGCUAAUUACUUGAAAUAAAAUAGAAUAUGUUCAUUAUUAAACAGCCUUGUCAGUGUUUUCUUGUCUCAUCUCGAAGCAAUUAUUUGAGUACAUGGUUUACAGGAAAAUUUAGUCAUAUCAUUGUUUUGUCUAGAGUGUAUUGUUGUUCUUUUCUUGUGAUAAUAUAGGGUAUUCAUAGACUUCUUUACUUGUAAACCUGGGUUCUCUGUAAUGAUCUUCAUUGCCCUGCAUAUAUUGCCAUAAAGAUCCUGGAGAUAAAUUGCAUUUGGUUUCCAAAAAAUGACUUUGACUCCUGCAAAAUUCCUGUGUCCAACAACAAACAGUGUAAAAUAAUAUGUGCAUUAAGCCUCCAAAAUUAAAAGUGCUUUUUCUUUGUUCUGUUAAAGAUGUGUAAAAAAAAUUUUGCUAGUGUGCAUUGCUAACAUUUGCUAGUGACCAAACAAAUUUGCACAGUUAGGAUUAGAAUUCAAUCACUUGUUUUGCUCUGAGGCAAGAAAUUUUGUAAACAACACUCGUCUGGUACUGUGACAUUGUUUUUUUACAGUCAAACCAGGUCAAGCGUACCAAGAUCAAGCAUAACCCUGUCCCCAUAGUUGUUUGAAGAGAAACAUAUUCUUAUCCACUUGUCGUUCGGACAAGCAGUAUGUUAAAGUUUGCUGCCCGAAACCUAAGAGUACUUGAUUGUCCAAAAAGUUGUGCUCAAAAACAAUGGGGCAUUUAAUCACAUUAUUAGCCUUGUAAAUUGUUCUUGACUUAAACCUUGCUUUUAUGACUAAUAACAUAAAUUUAUAUUCUACUUUAAUUUGAAGUCAAUUUUCAACUGUCCCUGUAUUUUUUCUUAUUAAAAAUGAUCUUGUUCCACGGACAAGUCAUGUCAAAGGUUUACAUGUUUGAACUAAAUUUCUACCUGUCCCGGACAAUCGGAGCUAGGUUUUGAUGCACCCAGUCCUUCCCAUAUCUAGUGUCAAAUUCAAAUCUGCCACAUUCUUGUAUACAUAAUGAGCAAUGAAUUUUUGAAUUCUGUUUGGUCAGAUUGAAAUAUAAAAUGUACUGAUUGAAAAAUAAAUGAAUUUUGAGGCGUAUGCUUAACCCAGCUGGAUUGCAAAAAAAAAAAACACUUUAUAAAACUGUAUUAAGAAUCCCCCCCCCCCCCCCCCCCCCCCACAACCCCCCCCCUUACAUCCAUAACUUCCAUCUUUUUAUUUUUAUUUCACCCACCCCUCAUUUUUUUUUUUUUACAAAAAAUUUUUUUUUUCUUUUGGGUGGGUAUAUGGGGAGGGUUUAAUAGCGGGGGGAUUUUUUUUUUAAUUUUGAAAAAAAAAAAUGGGGGGGGGGGGCAGAAAAAACAAAAAGGAAGAAAAUUUUGAAAGAAAGGGGGGGGUGGGUGGGGGGGGGGGGGGGGGGGGGGGAUCCUUAAUACAGUUUUAUAAAGUGUUUUUUUUUCCCCCCCCCCCCCCCCCCCGACUGACCAUCCCCACCUUUACUAUCAAUACUUCUCAUCGUUAGUGUUACUGUCGCCACUCCCUCAAUUUUGUUUCUUCAAUAUCAUAAGCAAAUUCCCAUGCAGUUAAUACCUACCUCAUAUUACAUGCGAUAGUGAAGCAUAAUUUUGUCGGAAAAACAGAAAUUGGUAAUAGUGACAGAGUAGCAAUGUUCCUAUGUUGCCACCUCAUUCAUUGCUUGUAUUUUCUUGAAAUCGGUUAACACAAUACCAUUUUUCACAUCUUGCUCAACUUAACUGUCAUUCCUGUCUUUUCUCAUGGAGAAUGGCUCCGCAGCAGUGCUAUGUUUUGAUUUUAAUUUGGUUGCCUGGUAAAAGAAGUGUUUACAUGUACAUGGCAGGAAAAUUUGGGGUGUUCAUUCAAAAGUUGGACAUUUUGAUAAAAAUGUUUGUUUCCAGCAGCAUUUUCGUUGUCUGACAUCCUGUCAUUUAAUGCCACUCAGGUUAUCAAGUGUAGUAAUCUGUAAAAUUUGUAGAGGAAAGGUAUGUGAUAGAAAUCUCUUGAGGAACGGAAAGUGCUUAUUUUAGGGGAUUGAUUGCCAAUGUGGAACACAGCACUACAGAAGAAAAAACGUUUUAAUUCAUAUUAUUGACAUAUUAACUUUCCUGCAAUAUAACUAAUGUAUACAUUGUAGCCAUAACAGUGUGAUCCUAUUAGUCCAAAGGACAGGAACUCGCAGCAAUAGGAGAAAGGAGAACAUGGUCCUUGCGCACCCAAUUUUUCCCUUUUCCGCCACCCCACCCUUGAGAGUGCAUGCCACACCUGAAGUCUGAAGUGUCACCUGUCUCUUCAUUUCCCCCACCCCACCUUCCAAUGAGCAGUCACUGGCUAGAGAGACCUGGCCUCCCAUCAUACGUGGUGAAGAGACGGCUAUCACUUUAGACUAGCCACACAGGCCAUAAUUUUAUAAUUCGCAAUAAACAGUCUUUGAGAUUUAAUCAGUUGUCAGGUUUAAGACUAGAUGCAGUCUGCAAUUAAUGGUGUUAGUGGUUUAUUCGGCACUUGCAUUACCUUCGUUACUGUGUUACCCUGCCUAGCAGGUACUUAGAAGAUAUGGGUGCGAGAGAGAACGGGUCGCGCGAAGGAGAAACGCGUGUCCCCCUCGCGCGCGCUACGUUCUUUCUUGCGCCCAUAUAACAGUACUUCCAAGCGCCUGCUAGGCAGGCUAUCACUAGGUUCAAAGAUGCCUUAAUAAAAAGACCAAACACCCAAGAAGUACUAAUGAUAUCUGGUGUACAUUAGGUACUCUUUUUUACGUAAAUAUACUGAAAAGUAAAUGCACUGCCUUUAGCUGGCUCUGUUUGGCUAACUGAUGAUAUGUGAUUCAAAACAGCAGAAGUACUGAUAAUUUAGGGCCUGGAAGGGUAUUUGCGGGAUUCAAGAUUAGAGCAAAAUACAGGUGGGAUUCGAGAAAUGUUACAGGGAUACGGGAUUUGACUUCUACCCGGGAAGCGGGAUUCGCCAAAAUUUGGGCACGGAUGCAGGAUUGGCCAAAGAAAAACCGAUUUGGGAUAGCGAUAGAAGAAGUUCGGAAUGCGGGAUUUUUGUCAAAAAGGAGCUGUCAUGCGGGUUAAGGAUCCUUCUUUCCAGACCCUAAUAAUUCUGAAGUCACUUGGUGUUUUAAGACAGACUCGGUGAGGGAGAAAUGCGAUCAGCCUGACGAAAUAAGGUGGUAAUAUUGAUUAAGUUUUGUUUUAAUUUAUUUCAGCAAAACGUAUUCUCACGAUAAAGAAGUGCAAAGGUUAUAUGAGGAGAUGGAACAGCAAAUAAGAUCGGAGAAAGAGAGAAUACAUAACGAGGUAAGUUAAAUGAUUAUGGAUUUCUUCAACCUGAAAUGUAAUAAUCUAACAUGCAACGUGCAUUAAUGGUCAAACAUCUCAAACAGCUUUGGGGCUGAGCCUGCGUAGCUGGUGGUUUGUUUGGCGAGAGGGAAAAAACGCUGGCAAAACGCGCACGAAUUUUUUCGUUACAUCUGUGGCGGAUCCAGGAAUUUUUGAUGGGGGGUGGUGGGAGGGGUCCAAACAUUGGUUCAGAAAGGACCGUUGAACUCUUUUGUGCAAAUUACUUUUCCCCCAUAACCCCCACACCCCCUUCCACCAGUCGCGGUUGCACCCUCCCCCUGCAUCUGUCACUGUCUGCACUACUCUUGUAGUGGCUUCGCGCGCGUUUUCGCAGCUUUUUUUUUCUCUCUCUCGCCUAACAAACCGCCGAGGUUUCGAUAUGUCCUUCGUUUAAAUUUUAUCCGCUAUGUAAGCGUGACGGUUAAUUCACCGCACUGAACUGAGUAAAAACGCGACGAUUCGUAGAAACUGGGUUUAUAUAAGUUGACAAGAUGCCUAGAAAUACAGAAAUUUUAAUUUUGGGACAGGGCGAGUCGUCUCUCCAAGUCUUAUGGUAAAAAGGUGUGAAACUGUAAAAAGUGCAUUCAGAAUGACUGCAGUGGUAUUUUUUGUGUUUUUAGCAAGUAAAGCGCGAGAAGGCUCUCAAGGAUGAGUUAGUUAGAGAACUGGAAAGCAAGGAACUAGAGAUGCAACUUCUCUUACAGAAACAAAAAUCGGUCAGUCGUUUAUAGUUAACAUUUACAUUGCAACGUCUACCUUAAUUCUACACGUACUUUAUUUUUUCUUCUAGAGCUGCUGUAAUAAAUAGAAAUAACGAUAUUUACAUGAGGUGAAAGUCUUUCCUGCUUCUAUGGCAGCGAUACGUAUGUAUCUUGCAUUUUUCGCGCCAAGUAGCGUUUAGACCUCGGCCAAUCAGAACUCAAAACGAUCAGUAUGCAGACAGUGCUAACUAAAUAUAAGACAACAGUCAUUUAGACUAAUUGUUUCUAAAACAAAACAAAAAAGCAUGAAUAUCGUCCCUGUUCGCUUGCAACAUUUCCAGUUACUCUAAAUAUACAAUUAUACUUUGUCCUGGCUAGUUCACAUGCAAGCGGCCUACCGCUUAGGAGACUAGUGGCAAACGCAGCACGAUCCGGCAGAUGAGAAAUAGGGUGCUUCCCUUUCCGUAUUACGUUUUCCUAAGCGAAUUAAGUUUUUAGGCAUACAUUGUUUUUUUUCUGUUUUUUAGCUGGAGGAAGAAAUUCAGAAGAAAUCUAAUAUGGAACAAGACAUAAAAACUGAGAACGAAAAACUCUAUCAGGUUUGUAGCAAGGCUAUGAUGAGGGCCGAAAUAGUUCCGCGAUUAUUUAUUACCUUUUUGAGUGUUUUUUUAAGUUUACUUCGCAGACGAAAAGUUGCGAUGAUUGUGGCAGCCGAGAUCUACGAUGUAGGGUUUUUUUCGCAUGUUAAUAGCCAAUUCUAACAAUUCUCAAGAUGGAUGUUGAGAGUUACACCAACAAGUCAGUGUAGUUAUACAGUACCGGCUAUGUGACGGCCUAAUUGGAGAUGCAUUUAUAUUGCGGAAAGAUACAUACGGUUUAUAAUCCAGUAAAACAGAGUGGUUUCAACAGGUGUUUAAUUGUGAGUCGUUUACGCCGGUUUAUCGACUUUUCAUUGAUCUUCAUUCUCCUACAAGAUGCUUGUUUCACUAAUUUUAUAUUGCCAUGCAAACCUACCCUUUAACACUGUCUUGUGUUUGUCUUUUUUCCGUUAGAAAACUGCUCAUCUUGAAGAGAUGUUAAACAAAUCUGUAAGUUCCUUAGAAGACACUAAAAGUUAUGUGAACCAACUACAAGCUCAAACGGCCAUGGAAAAGAAGGAGAGAGCGAGGUAGGUUAUCAGGCCGAGACUUGGACAUCAGCCUGUCACAAAACAUUAUUGCAUGGUAAAAUUCGCCGUAUUGCAAGCACUCAGAAUUAUAUGGUGAGACCAUGAUGAGUGGUGCAACUUGCGUCACGUUUGAUGUUAAGAUUGCAAUUUUAACGGUACAACGUGGUCUGAAAUAGCCUACGCCAACCCACAGAGGGAAUAAGUCCAACAAAACUACUGGUUACCGAUGCAGGGUUACUUCUACGACGCAUGCUAGGUCUCAAUGUGUAUUGUGGGUAAUAAAAAAAUCGUAUUAAGUUGCAAAAGUUGCAGCGACUUUUCGGUACUUGUAUUACGCAUGUUUGUGUGUCUUUUUUGUCAUAAAUUUGGGCAGAAACCAGAUAGAUGGCUGCUUGAGAGGGUUCAACGCAACUUUGCGGAUUCUUAUGCCGAAACAUGAAACAUGUUAACCAGCUUGGAAGAAAUUGGCGCAAGAAAGAAAGAGACUCGCGAGGGAGACACGCGCCCCGUUAUUUCUCGCAUAUUAGUUUCAAGCGCAUGCAACGCAGGCCAGAAACGUGUAUGAGUCGGAGACAGACGACUCAGUGCUGCUAUCUUGUUGCGCUGUGUGUUGUGAAAAGGCUUUUAUUAAGGCUUUUAUUUCUCGAAAAUUUUUUUUUCCUUUUUGCGGCAAUUCAUGGAAGAUUAUACACCAUCCUCGUUCCCAGUGCCUUUUUAAGGGCAAAGCCCAGGGGAUGAGGUUGAUGAUUCACCAUAGCUCUGUGGUGACGUCAAAGACGUUGCUUAGCAUGACAUAAAAGCAAUUUUUAACUUAAUUGAUGUGGUUUUAUUAAAUUGAGGUAAAGUAAGACUUCACACGAGCAAUAUAUAUAAUUGCCCCCUCCAUAAUUGUUCUCUUGGAAGAAUCGCUCUCGGCUAUUUUAUCACUGUUUAUAGUCCAACGAAUGCAUUAUGCCGAGGAGGAAACGUUGGCAAUUCAACGAAUUAUCAUGUGAUUUUAAAAAAACAUGGGUUAUAGCAUUUCUAUCAAUGUCUGCCUCUAUUUUUCGCGUAAUCUUUUUUCGUCUUAACAAAGUUGCGUCGAUAAGUUUUUGAAAUUUGCCCUACGUGCUGUGCUCGAACGACGUAAACAUGGAGUUUAUAGACAUUGUGUCCUACUGUUUUGUGUACAUCUCGUUAUGUCAAUACGAUGUGGGUCUUUCAGGAUGUUAUUAUUACUUGCAAAGGCCGAUACUAAACGGCAAAACUGCUUCACAUUUUCAUUACACUUUCUUUGAUUUGUUAGUAUUGUUUGCUUAAGGAGCUGUAAUUAUGCGCUUCCAAAUAGCAAAUUCUUCACCGACAGAAAAAAGUAA